UAAUACCCCGAGAACAAGGCUUGACUUUAAACAGUUGCGCGGACACGUCGCUUUCACAGGAUUUGCGGAGAUCACAUUGAGGGACAAUCUAUACUGAAUAUUGCUACUUGGGAUUCUGGAGCAAAAUGAGACGAAAUCACAAUUACAGCUGUUCAUCUGAUAGCGAACUUGAUGACAAUAUAGAAGUGGAGAAGGACAGUGGUGACGAAAAUGUAAACCUUGACUCUCCGCAUGACUUGAUGUCACCCCCGAAAACCACUCAAACUCAAGCCAGAAAACGACGCAGAGGAAUUAUUGAGAAACGGCGACGUGACCGAAUCAACAACAGCCUGACUGAUCUCAGAAGACUUGUGCCAAGUGCGUUUGAGAAGCAGGGAUCGUCAAAAUUGGAAAAAGCUGAAAUUUUGCAGAUUACUGUAGAUCAUUUGAAGAUGAUACAUGCUGCCAGCGGACAAGGGUAUUUUGAAGCCCACGCCCUGGCCAAGGACUACCGCAGCCUGGGCUUCAGGGAGUGUCUGUCAGAGACGGCCCGCUACCUAAGCAUCAUGGAGGGCUGGAACAGUGUCAACCCACUCCGCGUACGCCUGGUCUCUCACCUCAACAACUACGCCUCUCAGAGAGACAUCCACACUGGAUUGACUGGACACCCUGGACAACUAGCCUGGGGCUCCGCUUUGAGGACACCCUCCGCCCACCUGCCACACCCCCUCUUACCACUCCCCCAGGGACGGACACUAGCCCCCCACAGUACCAGCAGCCCACCCUCCUCCUGCUCCAUCUCCUCCUCCUCCUCCUCCUCCUCCAUGUCAUCCCCCUGUUCAACUGAAACCUCAGUGACCUCCAGACUCAGCGUGACGGCCCCCUCAGAGGCACUCAGGGUGCCCCCCAAUGACAAUCUACCCCUGGGGCUGGCCCUGUCAGUCUCAGCCUCCAAGCUCUCCCAACCACCACCCCUCCUCUCCUCCCUGUCUGCCUUCUCCUUCACUACUUUUCCCCUAGUGUCCCCGGCAGCCCUCAAUUCAUCAGGCUCCUCCACAGCCCUGGGAAAUCAGCCUUACAGGCCCUGGGGGACAGAGAUCGGGGCCUUCUGAACUCUUGUGAUCAUCAGGACCGGAAGGCAACAACUUAGAUCCCCGCCAACCUGCCUCCCCCCAAUCUGCCUCCCUCCAACCUGCCUCCCCCCAAUCUGCCUCCCUCCAACCUGCCUCCCACCAACCUGCCUCCCGCCAACCUGCCUCCCCCCAACACGCCUCCCGCCAACACUCCACAAACCCAGCAGGAGUACCUGGCUGUCUCAUCUGUUUUUCCCCUCUGGCAAUGAGGGGGAUGGGGUAGGCUAAUGCCACCUCCCUUGGUCAGUACUGCUGUAUAAAGGAACAUAGAUAACAUAGUGUUCUAUCCUAUAUGUUUUUAUCAUGAAUAAUUCAUGUUAAAUGCUGUUGUGAGCCCAGAUAUGGCCUCCAAGGUAGGAAAGGACUGACUAUUGUUUCAUGACCACAAAACUGAUUUCAUUUGGUUUAUUAUCAGAGUGCACUAAGAGAAGGAUUUUGGGGUAUUUGUAGGUCAAAUAUAAUAUUGUAAAAAUAGAACUCCUGCAGCUUUGAAAGGGAACAAAUACACCUACAAUGUAUCAUAAAUAGAGUUACACAUGAACUGGAUCUGCUAAUACUUUAGUUAUGGCUAUAUGGGAUUGUCGAACAUGCUUUAUAUAGAAAGCAACUUUGAAAAAAAUGUAGUUUUGUAAUAUUUUUGUACCAAUAAACUGAGUUAAGGA